CUGCCAUCGCACCGCUGCUCCGACCUGCCAUCGCACCGCUGCCACGACCACAGAGAAAAAAUGAAGCGAGCUCUGAUGUUUCUGAUCGCCGCCGCAACCGUUGCCUCGUCCGCGGCAGGUGCAUCCCUUUGUAGAGGGGCUUUGUUCCUGGCACGGCAGAAAAUCUUGUAUUCCGACGAUGCUAAUAAAUGCGCUCGGCAGGACAAAACGUACGCGAGCAACUUUCUUGCUUCAAAUGGAAAAUGCAAUAACUACGAAAGUUUGACUGGGUACGAUGCCGCAACAUGUGAUCCCAUACACUUCAAUUAUUCCAAGUGCAUGUUGCAACCAGCCAAGCUCCUGAAACCUGACAACACAUUUGACUAUGUGGCUUUCGAGACGAUUUCGUUGAAGAACCAAUGCAGCACUGAUACCAACUUCGCAAAAGCUUACCCAAACUGCAAAAAUUCUACCAUGAAAUAUUUGAACUGCGUGGCUCGAGAAGCUCAACACAUGAACGGUAAGCAUUAUUUUGUAUAA